AGCGCAGGGGCCCGCGCGGCCCGGCGCGGUCCGUGCGCUCCCCGCCAUGCCCGGCCGCCCCGACGACUACGAGGUGCUGCUCACCAUCGGCGCCGGCUCCUACGGGAAGUGCCGCAAGGUGCGCCGCAAGGCCGACGGCAAGAUCUUGGUAUGGAAGGAGCUGGACUAUGGCGCGAUGACGGAGUCGGAGAAGCAGAUGCUCGUGUCGGAGGUGAACUUGCUGAGGGAGCUGCGGCACCCGAACAUCGUGCGCUACUACGACCGCAUCAUCGACAGGAGCAGCACCACGCUGUACAUCGUCAUGGAGUACUGCGAUGGGGGAGACCUGGCCAGCCUGAUCGCCAAGUGCGCCCAAGAAAGGCAUUUCUUGGAUGAAAGCUUUGUUCUCAGAGUGUUGACUCAGCUAACAUUGGCCUUGAAGGAGUGUCACAGACGGAGUGAUGGUGCAGUCACUGUGCACCGUGACCUGAAACCAGCAAAUGUCUUUCUAGAUGGCAAACAGAAUGUGAAACUUGGAGACUUUGGACUGGCUAGGAUAUUGCACCAUGACACCAGCUUUGCCACAACUUUUGUUGGCACUCCAUACUACAUGUCUCCAGAACAAAUGAACUACUUGUCGUACAAUGAGAAAUCUGACAUCUGGUCUCUAGGAUGUAUUGUGUAUGAAUUAUGUGCUCUCUCGCCUCCAUUUACAGCUUUCAACCAAAAGGAGCUGGCAGAAAAGAUAAGAGAAGGGAGGGUCAGGCGAAUACCGUAUCGUUACUCAGAUGAGCUGAAUGACCUUCUCAAGGAGAUGCUGAAUGUAAAGGAUUACUGCCGACCUUCUGUUGAAGAUAUUCUGCGGCAUCCCUUGAUAGAAGAUGUGGUGACAGAAGAACAAAAACAGAUUUCUGAUAAAAGAGGCUUGAGAUCAUGGGAGCCAGACAGGCUGCAGUUCUCAGAUGCUGUAGCGAGUGAGCUGAAACGAAAGGAGCAACAGUUACAGGAGCGAGAGCAAGCCAUUAAAGAGAGAGAACAACGUCUGGAGCAGAGAGAACGGGAGCUCUGUGUUCGGGAGAGACUGGCAGAGGACAAACUUGCUAGAGCUGAAAGCCUGCUGAAGAGGUGCAGUCUCCAGAAGCAGCAGCAGGAGGUAACGUGCGCGGAAGGUCCAGAUAACGCACUCCUGCUUCCCCUUUCUACAACAAAGAAGAACUCACACUCUGAUGGAAAUGAAGAGAAAGCUGUACCUCAUAAUAUGGAAAACUAUUUCCUUUCCAAAGGGAAAAGCUCUGAUCUCAAAAGGCGUCUCUAUGCUGCAAAUCUACGGGCUCAAGCACUGGCUGAACUGGAAAAAAACUAUCAACUAAAGAGCAGACAAAUCUUGGGCAUGCGUUGAAACUGCAACAGAUGUAUUUAUCUUUGAAAAGAAGAUUAAAUGUAUAGGCAGAUACUUGUGCCUCCCUCUCUUAAGCUAGAACCUACUGAAAAAUUAUUUUAACAGUUGUACAAACUCUUCAUUUAUGACAGGUAGUUUAUGAUAAUGCAUGAGAUACUAUAUGAUGAAAACAGGUACUUUUGAUACCAAAUAAAACAAACUGAAUUAAUUGUAUUAUUAAAGAAAAAUAUUUUGGUCCUCCUGUUUACCAUACUUCACUCUUCUGAAAAUAUAAAGAAUGAAUAUAUAUAAGUGAUGUUUAAAAAUCUGAUGUAAAAAAAAAUUCAGGUGAAAAAUGUACAGAAAUUCACAGUCUGUAGGUUAAAAUGCUGUAUGUAAUGCACAGUUGUUGAUAAAGGAAGUGUUGAUAUUCUGUAUCAACAUAUUCUGUAUCUGAUUUCUGUGGGAAAACAGUGCCUUCUUUUCAGCACUUGUAAAUAUUUUUUAACAAAAGAGCACAGAUUUUAUGCAUCUCUUUCUACUAAGUGCUCUGUCAAAGCAGGUUACUUUUAAUGUUAUGUUUUGACUAAUGUGUGGGAUGGGUCAGAAUAACAUAACUUCUGAGUUUAUUUUCCUUUCUGCCUGAGCAGCUGAAUGCCUUGUCCAUCCUCCUACAAGGCCUGUGUCAGGGCAGAGCAUUUGAAAUAACACCUUCUUUGCCUUGCCUGGAAACUGUCAUAAACUGAUCCCCUGAGACUGCUGUCCAGGAUGGGACACUAGCCAGCAUAUUAGCAUCUGGAUUUUGCAGGGGACAGUUGUCCUUUAAGUAGUAAAUCCUUAUUUUCUUGAAGCUUAGGAAGUAUCUCCAUCUUACCCUUAACAAUUCUCUGCUGGUGUACGAGUUGCUCACUUUAAGGUGAUGUAAGUUUCAUGCACUCAACUCGUGAAUUUUAAAAUAUCCUUUGGAACUGUAGCGUCUGGCAUAUGUUUUACAUAAAGAUU